AUGUCGGUUUCGAAUUUGCCAGUGUUGAACCCAUUCAAUUGGGGGUUUAAUGGUACGAUUAAACAUUGUGUCGGUGAAAAUGGUACAAUAGAACUAAUUUUAAAAGAUAAUAAGGAAAAGACACAAUUCGAAGAUUUCGUCUCUCAAAAUGUUCCUACGUUGAAAAAUGGAGCCCAUUUCAAAUUAAAUUCUCUAUUGUUUACUGGUUAUUUACAGACGAUGUAUUUAGCUACCGCAGAUUUUAAAAGAGAAUUUCCAGUAUUUUAUGGAAGAGAGAUUGUUAAAUACUCUGAUAAUGGUGUUUCUACAGCUGAUUGGGUUAUGAACUCUUGGAAAAAUGAAUACGAAUUCAAUGAGAAAGGAAAAAGGUUCAAUUGGGAGAAGUUUGAGAAAGAUGAAAAAGAGACACAUUUCGAUAACUGGCCUCGCUUACAUCCACGCACGAGAUAUUUGAGAGAAAAUGAGAUUGAAGAAGUUCAUGACGAUGACAGACCUUUGGUUGUUGUCUUACAUGGUUUGGCAGGAGGUUCUCACGAACCUGUCAUUAGAUCUUUGACAGAAAAUUUAUCUCGCUAUGGCAACGGUAGAUUCCAAGUCGUCGUCUUGAAUACCCGUGGUUGUGCUCGUUCCAAGAUUACUACUCGUUCACUAUUUACAGCAUUGCAUACUGGAGACAUUGAAGAGUUCGUCAAUGCAAACAAGAAGAGACAUCCAGAUAGAAAGAUAUACGCUGUGGGAUUUUCUUUUGGCGGUGCUAUGUUGGCAAAUUAUCUAGGAAAGCUCGGCGAAGAUUCACCAGUUUCUGCAGCUGUCGCGUUGUGUAGUCCAUGGGAUAUGGUGUCGUCGACUUACAAGAUGACAGGUGAUUGGUGGUCAAAGAGACUUUUCUCGAAGAGUAUCACUCAUUUCCUAACUAGAAUGGUUAAAGUGAACAUGGGAGAAUUGGAAGUGCCAGAAGGAACCAAGCCAGAUCACAAGCCCACAGUUGAAAAUCCAUGUUAUUAUACUUUCACCCGUUCAAAUCUGGAGAAAGCUAAACAUUUCGUCUCUACAGUCGAAUUUGACAACAUUUAUACUGCCCCAUCACUUGGCUUCUCUAGUGCCUAUGAUUACUACAAGGAGGCUUCACCAAUUUAUAGAUUGCACAAUAUCAAAGUACCAACACUGAUUAUAAACUCCAAGGAUGACCCGGUUGUCGGUCCUGAAUCGAUACCAUACACACAGGCUCGAGCCAAUCCUCAUGUUUUGCUAUGUGAAACUGAUCUUGGUGGCCACCUUGCUUAUUUGGAUAGCGAAAAUAAGCCUUGGGCCACACAACAAAUCGCAACUUUCUUCGGUAAGUUUGAUGAAUAUGUACGUUAA